UUGGACGAAUUUAUUUCGAGUCCUUAAACAAGCACCUUUUCAACGUUGAUUCGGGUUCCUCGUCAUUUUUCGCAAUGAACAUUCCUAUUCCGCCUAUGCUUGCUCUCCAAGCGAAGCCUGGAAGCUUCCCUUUCGCUUCGAAAUAUGUUCCUCUACCACACAACUUCCAAACGAUCCUUGGUUCACAGGUGCAGGAUACAAACACCGGUCCAACCUCCUCAAACAGGAGUGCCACAUCUACCAACGGAUGGUUCGCACCGCUUUCUCCAGUAGAUGGGCAAGGGGCUCCGGUAUCUCCCAUUUCUUUAAGCCCAAAUCAUGCCCAGAUCUGGAGCACCAACGGCCAAAUUUUUAUUCGAGAUCUUGAGUCCGCCUUUGGCACCUAUGUCAAUGGUACACGAAUCAGUGGCGAUGUUGCCCUCGCAGACAAUGACGUCUUGACUCUGGGGAUCGUAGUUGGGAGGAAUGCCAACACCCCGACAUAUGUUACCGAUGAGCAUCUCAAGCCUGUCAUUGCCAAAGUCACCUGUAUUGGCAUUUCUUCACGCGCGCGCCAGCGUCCUUGAAAUUCUCUUUCUGGUCCACAUCUGUCGCGCUUUAUGUUCACUUCAUUCUGUACACAUGCAUAUUCACUGCAAACUACAGACAUUCGCAGUAGCCAUGAGAUCUUCUGACACUUGUAAAACUUACAAUUGGGCGUUCGUACUAUAAGUCGAUAGAUCCACAAACUGCUUGCUGUAGAGGUACUAAAUAUGUAAAUCUUGAUUGAUCA